AUGACACAACGUUUGUCAUCAUCCUCAUCAUCACCAUACACAAUGACUCGCGGCGCAGAUAGCAGGAUCAGCCGUAGUAUGUCCAUAGGCGAUACAUACUGGCGCCUCCGCACCUACAGAGGAGCGACUAUCGGAGACUUGAGAAAAAGGGCACAGAAUGCCAACUACCACAUCAAGAAGAGCGCCAGUCUUGGCGAGACCAUUGCUGCUGUGCAUCGCCUUGAUCGCGGCCUCGUAAGCUAUGCCAACUGCACGCUUCAAGAGCUCCGCAGAUUCCACGAAGAUAGAGGACUCGGCAAAGCACCUAAGCUCGGACAACGAAUCCUCAUCAAAGCCCUCGACUCCGCAGACGACAACGCCACUUUCACGAAGCUCCUCGACUUACCAGCCAAACUUCGCUGCUGCAUCUAUGACUUCUACAUCGACGGUUUCCAAAACGAUACCCUGUGGGAUCCGACCCACCCACCGCUCUCACAGACCUACAAGUUAAUUCGAUCAGAGUUUCUACCCAUCUUCUUCGGCACCAUCUGCUUCCAACUCGCCUUCCAGAGCACAACUUGGGGCCAUGAAGCGCCACAUCGCUACCGACUCAGGUACGAAACUCAGCUAUUCUUGGGCAGCUUGCAGCCGGAGAACUUGGCUACGAUGUCGAGGUUCAAUGUUGAUUUCACGCAUGGAUCUGGGGACUUCUCUAACGUCAAGCUGAGAUUGAAUAAGGCAGAGAAGGUGUGGGCGGUGGAGGUGGUUCCGAAUCGCGAACCGAAUGUCUUUGGGCUUGAGGCGAUGGAACGGAUCGAGAAGGAGGCGAGGAAGGGCUUUCACGGAGAUGAAGGUGAGGCGAAGAGCCUUACUAUGGACGAUCUUUAUGCUGUGAGGAAGCGGGUUGACGAGAGAGGCUUCCACAAUUUUACGCCUCCGUCCUAUCAGUUCCUUGCUAGUCUGGGACCUCAAAAUUUGGCGCAGAUCUCCAGCUUUGAGAUGGUAUUCUACCCGAGGACUAGACUCGUGGCGAAGCUAGACAAAGCCGAAAACGUAUGGCAUGUGAGCGUAGUAUUGGAGCUCAGUCGUUGGUCGAGCGACGUUAGCGCGGCGGCCCAGCUUGAGAAAGAUGUCCGCCAAGUGCUAGGAGGAGACCCGGACGAAGCAAAGCCGCUGACUCUGGAGCGAGUGUACUCGACCCGACGAAAUGUCGAGUCUGCCUUUCCAGUUGCCUGCGCGUACUGA